AUGGGGGAAGGAUAUGACCGCGCAGGCAAUAUGCCCAAUCUUAACGGCGGAGACUAUUCCGAGCUCGGUGUCACUGAGCGGGUAAUGACGACAGGAAACGUGCUGACCCAUAGCGAGUCCAUGGAGAUUACAAACGAUCCACGUUUCUUCCAGGAUAACGUGAUCAAUUACCGCCUGGCCGCCUUCGCGGGCCUCGGCGUCGUGGCCGGCCUCAUGGUCCAGAAUUCGAUGGACCAUCUGUUCGACAUGAAGAAGGACAUGUGUGAGUGGUAUAAACCCCACAAGCAUAUGGACAGCACCUGCCAGUUCAUUGCCUUUAUCUUGCUCGGGGUUGUGCAUUUCUUGAAUAUCAUCGCCACAUACGUCGGCGUUGCGCAGCCCUACCAUACCGUUCGGUUGAUGACAGCUGGGCCUACCGGAUUCGAGUCGGCGGCCUGCUAUUAUCUGAACAAGAACGUCAUCGCUUGGCGUCACUUCGCCAUCUGGGGUGCUCUCGUCAGUCUGCCUAUGUUUGUGGCCAGCACUGGUCUUCGCAUGGUGGUCAAGUUCGACAGGGAGAAUAUGGCAGAGCAGGAUGCGCCUGAGAAUCUGCCGGACGUGUGUCGAGUGCUUGGCUUCGGUUCGUGCGGCAUGUUCAUGCUCAUGGCUUUCUCUGUCUAUUGUAUUCAUCGGAAGCACUUUGCCAUCUUCGAUGAGCGGUACAAGCUACUGGAAGACAACCUUCGACAACAUGAACAAGUCCUUGUCACGAUGUCGCGGAGGGGCGUCCCCAGGAGGUGA